AUGAAACGAUUAAUGCUAUUUCAUGUAAUUCAAACGUAUUUUCCAUCAGCAAUGCUUGUUUCCAUUUCAUGGAUGAGCUUUUGGCUCGAUCCUCGUGCUUCACCAGCUCGGAUUACACUGACCAUUACUACAUUACUUACAUUGACCACAAUGAGUAAUGGUGCAAGACAAGACUUGCCACAAGUCAGCUAUAUCAAAGCAUUGGAUAUUUGGUUAACAUUCUCACAGGCACUAAUAUUUCUCGUAUUGUUGGAGUAUUCAUUUGUUAGCUAUUAUUUAACCAAACGUGACUAUAAUUGCAUGCAUCGCCGCAUUUUUGGUACUACUGAAAUUUAUCCUGAAACUGAAAAAAAAGAAUUGGAUCCACGAAGUCCAGUAAUGACCAGUACAAGAAGAUAUUCGACAAAUAACGGUCAUACAAAUGCAGUAAAUACGUAUUCAUUGACAGCUGGAAUAGCGCGAUGUUUACGUAACACUGCGACAUUGGUCGCUAAAACACAAAAUGAACAUGAAAAAAUUUUAAAUUUCGAUAUUUCAAAGCCAUGUCAGAAAUGUAUGGCAUCAAACGAAUUUGUAGCAAGGCAAAUUGACCAUUAGGCAUUAGGCCAUGAAAUACCAAUUGGCUAUUGUCAACAUUUCCAAGGAAUUGUUAGUGGAAAAAAGGGUGAUAAUAUUGGAAUAACGAUAACGAAAGCAAUGGUUGUAACAAAAGUUGAGCGUGGAUCAAUAGCUGAAAAUUUGUUACAAUUCGGUGAUAUAAUUGCAAACAUUGAUGAUAAAAAAAUUGCAUCACGAAAAGAAUUUGAAGAAUUGCUAACAAAAUUUAGCCAAAAAGAUUACAGUGUCUAUGUUACACGUGUGAUUGAACAUACAUUAGCAGGAAUGAGCUUAACAAUGGGUGACGCAAUUUUAGAUGUUAAUUCGAUUCCGGUUACAACAGUUACUGAUACAUCCAAUAUAAUUUUUGCUGAUUUACGAAAAAAUGGAUAUGUAACUUUAGUAAUUGAACAGCCGAAUCAUCCAAUAGCAACAGCAUAUGUUCGUCUAGCAUUAAUGACCGAAAAAUCGAUUGAAAUGGAUUUACCACUUGCGCCUGAUGUCAUCGAUAUUUGUCAACAUGAAUAUAAUCGGAUGAAACGAAAUCCUAAUUUAAAACCACACAAAAACAUUUUAAAAUCUUGCUAUGAUAAGCCACGCUCAAUUAAUUCACGAAUUCAAGUAAAUGAGCAAACGGAAGAUGUACCGAUUGCAUGUGAAGAUAAUCCGGCAUUGUUAAUGAAGGUUCCGGUAACGUAUGCACCCGACAACGAACAUCAAUGCUUUGCACUGUCAGAUUUACCGAAAAAGUAA